UUUGUUUCUCAUUCACGGAUGGCACGCAUCUACUUUGUGGUGGAGAUUGAAAUGAGGGCACGAAACGCUAAACAGUAGCACAAGGGGCGCUGCUAGUGACGGCGCGCAGAAUGCUCGCAAAGAUGAUAGAAAUAUACUCUUCGCCAAUAGGUUUUUCAGUGAAGCCCAUUGUGAUGUUCUUUCUUUAGAUGGAAGAACUAGAGUCUACAAGAUAAUUAUCGGAAUGGGUACCACCAGUAGUCCCCUAAAAAUCCCUCCGGCAGAAAGUCUAUCCAGAGAACCUUCGCCUGAAAAAUGGAAAACCUCGAACAGUGUUUCGAAUAGCUCCCAUUCUUCCCCGUGCAAAAAGCCUCGGGAGCGCCAUCUCGAAUGGUGGCAUCUAUUUACUAUUGCAGGCAUUUCAUGCAUCGUAUAUCUAAAUGCGCUCUCUUGUGGUUUUGUCUUCGAUGACGUCUCAGCUAUCCGUGACAACAAAGAUCUGCGAGCAGACACCCCAUUGUAUCGACUCUUUUUAAAUGAUUUUUGGGGAACUCCAAUGCACAAAGAGCAUAGUCAUAAAUCGUACCGCCCGCUCACCGUACUCACGUUUCGGAUUAACUACAUACUACAUGGUCUUCAUCCGACAGGAUAUCAUUUAGCGAACCUACUCCUUCAUUCAGUUGCAUGCUGUAUGCUAACGGUUUCUGUGAGUGAUUUCGUUUCGCCAUACGACUCGUUUCUGACUGGAGUUCUUUUCGCAGUUCAUCCUAUUCACACGGAGGCUGUGACCGGGGUCGUUGGUCGCGCAGAGUCUCUUUGUGCAAUUUUCUUUCUAGCAUCAUUUAUGGCGUACAAAGGAUCACACAAGCGGUCAUUGAUGCUAACUGCCACCGUCGUCUUUAUGUGUUUGGCCACACUGUGCAAGGAGCAAGGAAUUACUGUUAUAGGUGUAUGCGCAACGUAUGAACUGCUUAUCCUUCGACAACUUCGGCCUCAGACUCUAGUCACCACGCUGGUGUCGACAACGCGCAGCAUAUCAUCAGGCGUGCCGUCCUGGCUGAAAACCUCUCUGAGUAGAUGUGGUUGCCUUGCAGUUGCUGGUGUCAUAUUUAUGUACCUUCGCAUAAAAGUAAUGGGAGCUCAGUUACCAGUUUUCACGAAGUUUGACAACCCGGCGGCUGCAGCGGAGUUUCCUGCCCGACAACUUACCUAUAACUACCUUGUGCCAGUGAAUUUUUGGUUGUUAAUGAACCCUUACCAUCUCUGUUGUGACUGGACGAUGGGUUCAAUUCCAUUAGUUGAUAAUCUGCUUGAUUAUCGAAAUUUGUUCACGUUGAUCGUCUAUGUUAUUCUAAUUGCCGUCGCCUACACAGCUUGCGUACAUGCAACGUGGGAACGAUAUCGCGUAAUUGUACUUUCUAUGACACUAAUCGUAUUUCCAUUCCUACCGGCAUCCAAUCUGCUAUUUCCGGUGGGUUUCGUGGUGGCUGAGCGAGUUCUAUACCUCCCCAGCAUGGGUUUUUGCCUUUUAGUAGCUUUUGGUUGUGGUCAGCUUCGCCUUCGAGCGAAGACGCUUAUGAAUAUUCUGUUAGUGAUUUUUGUGUUGUGCCAUGCUGGAAAAAGCGUUCAACGAAACUUCGACUGGAAAUCAGAAUUGACCAUAUUUAAGAGUGGUCUCAAAGUAAACCUUCAUAAUGCGAAAUUGUUUAACAAUAUUGGACAUGCUCUAGAACAGGAAGGUGUUUACGGUGAUGCUUUGCGCUAUUUCCGUAAGGCUGUUGAGGUUCAACCGGAUGAUGUAGGAGCUCACAUUAACGUGGGCCGAACGUACAACAACUUGCAGAUGUACGCUGAGGCAGAAGAGGCCUUUUUACAGGCAAAGGCAUUGUUGCCUCGACCACGUAAGGGCAAAAAGUAUCAAACACGAAUCGCACCCAACUACCUUAAUGUAUUCUUAAAUCUCGCGAACCUAUACGCUCGCAAUGCUUCGCGACUUGAAGAAGCGGACGCUCUCUACAGGCAAGCGAUUUCCAUGCGCACCGACUACAUUCAGGCUUACAUCAAUCGCGGCGACGUAUUGAUCAAGCUCAAUCGAACUCAAGAAGCGUGGCAUGUCUACGAGCGAGCAUUGAAGUUAGACCAGAGCAAUCCUGACAUCUAUUACAAUAUGGGCGUUGUACUUAUCGAGCUCGGCAAGUCUUCAGACGCACUCCAGUAUUUUGAAAAAGCCCUGCACGUUAGUCCGGACCAUGAACAAGCGCUAAUGAAUUCAGCGAUCCUUAUCCAGGAGUCCGGUAAUGCAAAAUUACGUCAGGUAGCAGUCUCACGUCUGAACCAGCUUCUACGGAGAGGCCACGACAACGAACGGAUCUGGUUUAACCUGGCGAUGUUAGCGACCGAUAACAAGCAAUUAGGAGAUGCCGAACGAUUUUUCAAGCUUGCGCUGAGACAUAAACCAACGUUCCGAAGUGCAUUGUUUAAUCUGGCGUUGCUUCUCUCGGACGUGGGCCGUCCGCUCGAUGCAAAGCCAUAUCUUGAGCAGCUACUCGCUCAUCACCCAAGUCACUCUAAAGCGCUGAUUCUUCUUGGUGACAUCUACAUUAACCAGUUGAAAGAUACAGAGCACGCCAGGGAGUGCUACGAAAGAAUACUGUUAACGGAGCCGACAAACGUUCAAGCCAUGCACAAUCUUUGUGUAGUGCAUGUCAAUUCUGGCCGGCUCGACGUCGCCGAAAAGUGUCUUCUCGAGGUGCAAAAACGCGCUCCGAAGGAAAGCUACGUACAGAAACAUCUUCAAAUCGUUCGACAGCGCAUUGGAAAUCUUCGUAGGGUCGACAUUAACAAUAAGCAUCGCCAUUAGCAGCAGCAGCAGCAAAACAGUAAGAAACGCUCGAAGGCGUAACUUGUUUCCGAGGUCUCAAGCGAAAAACUCACAAAAAUUCAAACAGUAUGAUGACAUUUAUAUAAAUAAUGAAAGUGCUAUUCAUA